AUGGAGUUCAACUUCCCGACAGAAACUUCGUCUCAGCCUUCGGGCUCCUCAAAUCCAGAGUAUCCACAGUUCUACUCGCCCCAGGAUCCGCACAUACUGAACCCCAGCAGCUUCAACUUCCCGACGGACGUUCCCUCCCAGCCUAUGGGCUCAGCCUCCUCAUUCUCGCAUUCCUCAACUCCGGAAUAUCCGCAAUUCUACUCACCCCUGGAUCCUAACUUACUGGACCCCAACAACUUCAAUUUCAACCCAUCGACAGCGGGAACGCCUUCCGGGUAUUCUUCAAGUUCUGCAUCCUCGUCCUCUUACGUCGCAACUCCAGAGGAUUCACAGUUUUAUACUCCUCUUGAUCCUCUCUCAGCGCAGCCCGAUCUUGGCCAGCAGUACUGGGAUGCCUGGCAGAAUCAAUCAUCCAACAUACCCGCCAUCGACGACAUUUUCAACCCCAAGCCAUUGACCCUCCACGCCCUCCUCCAGUCCCAGGCGGGCUACACGUGGGACAUUCGACAUGGGCCACACACCGCGGACCCGGACACGGUCACGGAGCGACUUACCGAGGCGGCGACAAGCCCCGAAGUCCAGAGCAUCAUCCUCACUUCCCCCUUCUUCCCCUGGCAGCUCGCCGUCGUCCCGCGGCGCACGCCCUACGUGACCGUCGGCGACGUACUGCACACGAUCCACGAGAUGGCGGUCUCGCCGCUGGCCCCGGCUGACACCGCACUCAUCUCGCCCGCCGAGAAGGAAGAGAGCACGAGGCAGUACGAGGCGCGCUACGGCUACAUCGUGGACAAGGGCGAGCGUCUUUCAGCGAUGACCAAGGGCAUUCUCAAGAUGGACCUGCUGCAGGGCCACCUGCGCUUUGACGGCAUCGCGAUGGUCCCGAUUCCCGACGGGCUCAACGGCUCGCGCCCCGGGCAGGUCUGGCAGCUCAUCUUCAAGAAGUAG